UCUUCUUGUCAUGAUUGUAAAGAUGGGAGCGCUUUGCAAGAAUUUAAUAAUAUUUAUGUUUGUUAACAGUAUAAACGCGGAGAUUACCAACGACCGCUACUACCCGCGGUAUCACUUGGCACCGCCGCAAGGCUGGAUGAACGAUCCCAAUGGCUUCUCAGUGUUCCAGCAAGAAUACCACGUCUUCUACCAAUACAAUCCUGACUCCGCUUUAGAAGCUGGUACAGCUCAUUGGGGGCACGCGAAGAGCAGAGAUCUGCUCAACUGGCAACACCUUCCGAUUGCAAUGUAUCCAAACGAAACGUACGACAGUAGUGGAGUAUUCUCAGGAAGUGCUUUAAUAGAAGACGAUACGAUGUAUUUAUACUAUACGGCUCAUACAAACCAUCCGGGAGAAACACCUAAUCACGAGGAGCAUCAAGCGCUAGCUAUUAGUACAGAUGGAGUUAACGUGGUAAAAUAUCAAAAUAAUCCUUUAAUAGAGGGUGCUGAUCGCCAGCCGGACUUUAGAGAUCCAAAAGUUUGGAAACACGGAGAUACCUAUUAUAUGGUUUUAGGUAAUCAAUUUACAAAAAACGACACCCGGCUUGGCCGCGUACUUUUAUAUUCAUCAAAAGACAAGUAUAACUGGUCGGAAGUUGCUAUCAUUGGUGAAUCUGACGGAAGUCUCGGGUACAUGUGGGAAUGCCCUGAUUUCUUCCAGCUCGAUGGCCAUUUUAUACUUUUGAUGUCCCCACAAGGCAUACCAGCUGAAGGUGAUAAGUACAAAAACCUCCACCAAACAGGCUAUAUAGUUGGUGAUUUUGAUUAUAGAACACUGACUUUCAAGCCAACAACAAGCUUCCAGGAAUUGGAUCAUGGACACGAUGUUUAUGCAACGCAAACUAUUCUUGAUAACAAAGGAAGAAGAUUGGUUUUAGCGUGGUUUGAUAUGUGGGAGACAAACUACCCUGAACAGCUUGAUGGUUUUACUGGACAGAUAACAAUACCGAGAAUUUUAACGCUCUCAAAAGAUUUUCGUUUGGUCCAAAGACCUGUGCCUGAAAUUAGAGCCGCUAGAACCAAUAUCGUUUAUACUGGACAAGCUUCAGGUGGCACCGUUGCUACAUUGGAAAACAAAGCUGGUGAAAUUAAUAUCAGGGCGUCUGCAUUAUAUGAUUUGGAAUUUUUUAUUGAGGGAAUAAACGCGUCAGUACAAAUUUACUAUAACGCAUCAUCUGGUCAAAUAUCCCUGGACCGUGGUGGUGACGAUGGUCUUCGUCGUACAGAAUGGCAACCAGCGAACGUGCUUAUUCUUAACAUUUAUGUAGAUGCCAGUUCUAUUGAAGUGUUUUGUGGUGCUGGUGAAGUGACACUGUCCAGUAGGUACUUUCCAGAUGGUCCGGUGAGUGUACGUCUUGGAGACAGUAGCGAGGCUUCGCAGUUUCGUGUUAUCAAUAUGAGAUCAACUGUACCAAUUAAUUAAUUUAGCAUAAAAUAUUACAAAUUAUUACAAAUGGUUAAAAUAUUGCUAUUAAUUAAAUUAUUGUACUUACUUUACUUAAUCCUACUUGCUGUUUUCAGUGGAGAAAUUCAACCCUGCAGAUUUGUAUAUUAUAAUCCGAUCUUCAUUAGUCAUUAAACCUAACGAAUAAAACAACAAA